AUGUCCAACAGCAGCUCCAUCACCCAGUUCCUCCUCCUGCCGUUCACAGACACACGGGAGCUGCAGCUCUUGCACUUCUGGCUCUUCCUGGGCAUCUACCUGGCUGCCCUCCUGGGCAACGGCCUCAUCAUCACCACCAUAGCCUGGGACCAGCACCUCCACACCCCCAUGUACUUCUUCCUGCUCAACCUCGCCCUCCUUGACCUGGGCUCCAUCUCUACCAUUGUCCCCAAGUCCAUGCAUAACUCCCUCUGGGACACUAGGGUCAUUUCCUAUACAGGAUGUGCUGCACAGGUUUUUUUUUUCUUUUUCUUUGCUACAGCAGAGUUUUACCUUCUCACCAUCAUGUCGUACGACCGCUACGUUGCCAUCUGCAAACCCCUGCACUACGGGACCUUCCUGGGCAGCAGAUCUUGUGUCCACAUGGCAGCAGCUGCCUGGGCCACUGGGUUUCUCAAUGCUCUGCUGCACAUGGCCAAUACAUUUUCACUGCCCCUGUGCAAGGGCAAUGUCCUGGGCCAGUUCUUCUGUGAAAUCCCCUCGUUCCUCAAGCUCUCCUGCUCAUGGUCCUACCUCAGGGAAGUCAGGCUUCUUGUGGUCAGUGUAUUAGUAACAUUUGGCUGCUUUGUGUUCAUUGUGGUGUCCUAUGUGCAGAUCUUCAGGGCCGUGCUGAGGAUCCCCUCUGAGCAGGGACGGCACAAAGCCUUUUCCACCUGCCUCCCUCACCUGGCCGUGGUCUCCCUGUUUAUCAGUACAGGUUCCUUUGCCUAUCUGAAGCCCCCCUCCAUUUCCUCCACUUCAAUGGAUUUGCUGGUGUCUGUUCUGUACUCGGUGGUGCCUCCAGCAGUGAACCCCCUCAUCUACAGCAUGAGGAACCAGGAGCUCAAGGAUGCCCUGUGGAAACAGAUGACUGGAUUUCUUCUGAAGCUGUAA